GGCCAAUUGUCAUCGUGUGUCUUCCUUUCAUUGGAAAAUUCGUGGGUGCGAGUUAAAACGUGAAAUUUGUGUGAAAGUUUUUCUUCAAGCAAUAAGAAAAACAUAAAAUAUAUGUGUAAAUAGGGUUUAUAUAUAAAAUUCUUUUGACAAGGUGCUGCAUCGGCCGAUCAAUUUGCACAGAGGGACAUAACCUUGAAACAGUAUUUUAUUUGUAUCGGCAGAUCUACAGAAUCCUUGUUUUUGCUCGUAAACACACACUUCGAAGGCCUGUCAUAGCCAAGGCAAUCAAUGUGAAGCAACAAGAAAAUUAAAUAACCGCAAAUAGAAAACUACUUGGCUUGGCUGGUGAUACAUGAAAGCAAUAAAACGCCGCGCUGAAUCAUUUUGUUACGAUUGAUAAGACUCUGGCGUCAAUUUAUUACGUAGAAGAAAUUGCUACCGAAUGUAUGCCAUUCCAGCUGAAAAAAUAUUAAAAUAUCUUCUAUAUAUGUACAACGUACCGCUAGUGUGUUGUGCGCGAUUAUUUACAUUCAAGAUUUUAUCAUUGAACUUGUGAUUACAGUGAUUUGUUUUGUGAAAUAUAUAGUCAUUACCAACAUACAUACGUACAUACGUAAUACGUCAACAAAUAAAGUGUGGUAUUCGGUCUCUCGCCCAUUUAGUUACGUCGUCAUCAGUGUGUCUUAUACAUUACAUGCCCACAUAGUGUUGUUACAUUUGCAUUAUAAACAUCUACAUCGUCACACGCAGGUUCUGUAAAAGGUUUGGGCAGAUAGAUCAACAAUCUUAUUGGCUAAUUAUAACGACAUGCAAGACGAAAAAAUGCUCAGAUCACAAUUGGCUAAAGGUAAGCAUUUAAAAACAAUGCCUUGGUUCGGCAUGGAUAUCGGCGGUACACUUACAAAGCUAGUCUACUUUGAACCAAAGGAUAUAACACCCGAUGAACAGGAUCAAGAGGCUGAAAUUCUACGAAAUAUACGUCGUUAUUUGACCAAAAAUUCCGCUUAUGGCAAAACCGGACAUCGUGAUACACAUCUACAGAUGGACAAUGUUGAGAUACGCAAACGCCGUGGCUCAUUGCAUUUCAUCCGCUUCCAAACCACUGACAUGAGCAAUUUUCUCCUGUUGGCCAAACAAAAGGGCAUGGCUGAACUGGUGACCACCGUUUGUGCAACGGGUGGUGGUGCAUUCAAAUUUGAGAAUGAAUUCCGGCAGCAAGUCAACAUGAAGCUCGCCAAAUUCGAUGAACUCGACACGCUCAUCAAAGGCAUACUCUUUGCCGAGGUGCAAAAUCCCACAGAGUGCUAUUUCUAUGAGAACGCCCGUGAUAUUAUGAAAAGUGAAAAGCGCGCUUUUGAUUUCUCCAAACCAUAUCCCUUCAUAUUGGUUAAUGUCGGCUCGGGUGUGUCGAUAUUGGCUGUAUAUGGACCAGACAACUAUAAGCGUGUCUCAGGCACAAGUUUGGGUGGUGGUACAUUCCUUGGCCUCUGUUGCUUACUAACCGGCUGCAAUUCAUUCGAGGAGGCUAUACAGCUCGCAACAAAGGGUGACAAUCGUAAAGUGGAUAAACUGGUGCGUGAUAUUUACGGCGGCGAUUAUGAUCGCUUUGGCUUAACGGGAGAUUUAGUGGCGUCAAGUUUUGGACAAAUGCAUAUUAAGGAUAAACGCUCAUCCGUGUCGCGUGAGGAUUUAGCUAACGCCACAUUGGUAACAAUUACCAAUAAUAUUGGUUCAAUUGCACGCAUGUGCGCGCUGAAUGAGAAAAUGGACAAGGUCGUAUUUGUGGGCAACUUUUUGCGUGUAAAUCCGAUUUCAAUGAAACUACUCGCCUACGCCAUGGAAUUCUGGUCGAAUGGCACACUCAAGGCGCUCUUCCUCGAACACGAAGGCUAUUUCGGCGCACUAGGUUGCCUAUUGCAGUUCAAUGGUGAAAUUGCGGCCGCUUUGAAUGAGACAGCAGAAACGUCACAACAGACACAAAAAAGCGAAACAACAGCUGAUACUUUUUCAAAUACCAUAAAUUCCACAACUUCGCCACACAGUAAUAAUGCCAAUAAUAGUGAUAGUUGAAGUACAGGGACUGCUGCUAAUAUGUAUUUUUUUUAGUUCGUAGCUCAAAGAAAUUUUAAUAGAAAAGAACUAAAAAUCAAUAAUACAAAAAAUGCUUGAAAAUAAUAAAACGAAAGUAUGUACUAACAAAAACAGACAAGACAUCAAAAUCAUAAUCAAAAUAUAGUUAAUUAAUAAUACAUUUUUUAUGUGUUAGUAUAAAAAGGUAAAAGUAUGUAUGUAGUUUUUACGUAUGUAUGUAUAUUUAAACAAUUAAAAAAAAAACAACAACAACAAACAAAUAAAAUAAGUUGGUAAAGAGCAAUCACACACGUCCAUAAACUGAUUAUUUAAUUUGUAUAUAAAUUAUAACUAAAAAUUUAGGAGCGAAGUU